UUACAGCACCAUGGACGCUGGUAGUCACUCUCCAGAAAAGGAGAUUGAAGAUGUAAAGCUCCUUGUGGAGUCACUGGAAUACCAGAAGGACGAUUCCUCUCAACAACAACAGGCACUGAAAGUAUUGGCUGAAAUUCUGUCGAAGAAUAGUGAGUCUAACGUCUGCUUCUGAAAAGAAUUUCAGAUCGUAAUGCUUUAUAGUCUUUACAGUUUACAAAGAUCUGCGAGUCCGAGAGUAAUUUGCUCGAGCCAUAUCAAAAACGAGUUUUUUAAAAUGGUGAAUACCCUUUCCUUUAAAAAUGACAACGUUUGGGAAGAGCUAAGGUCAUAGUUGUUAACAUUGUUUUUUAUAUCAGUAUAUACCACAAGGAGCUCAUGAUUUUUAUACCAAUCAAGGAAGAUUUUGCCGAGAAAUUAAAAAUAAAAAAAUUGGGAGAGAAAAGUUCAUAAGUUUGUGUCUCCCAACGAUUUUUCUUGUUUUUAUUGAAGGACGGUAUUUUUAAAUAAAAAAAUUACGACAUCUUUACAUCUCUUUAGAAAGAGCUCAAGACUAUUUGUGUUCAUCAAAUGGCAUGGAAUACGUCCUCAGUCUGUGUAAAACUAUGACGAGUCCCACUGUUGUGCAGUCAGCUCUUUAUACAUUGGCCAUGGCUGCAGAAGGAAAUGGUGAGUCAAUCAUUAAAUAUAAAGUUUUAAAAAAUAUUUGUGGUGCUAAGACUGUCAAAUCAUGACUCUUGGAUAUUGUGUUGCAAAUAUAGAUGCAUAUAUUCCAACUGUCUGCUUGCAUAAAUCAUAUAGCCUUGAUAGCUAGAGGUUAUGCUUUGUGUUACUUCAUUAUUUUAACACAGUUUGAUUUUUACUAAAUAAUGAUAGCUAAAUCAAUUGAUAUUAGUAAACAAAAGAUUCAAUAAGUGGAUGCUCCACCAAUGAAAAAGAUAUUUAGUUUGCUCUUAAUUGACUGAUUUAUUUGUUUUGCUAUUUUGUCCUUUAUUGUGACUAUAUGUAGCAAAUUAAAUGUUACCAUAAGUUGAAUUCAAUUGCUUAGGGUUAACAUGCUCUAAUGACUUGCAGAUUUUUGCCAAAGAGUUCUGACAAAUAAAAGUGUGUUUAACGUGUUGCGGUGUAAUUUACAAGCCAAAAACAUAAAGGCUGCAAUGACCUCAGCCUUUCUGGUGAUGACAAUUUGUACCCAAAACUGUAAGUUCAACUCUUAUUCUAGCUGUUGAAAUUAACCUUACUUUCUCAGGACCCAUAAUUGAAAAAAAAAAUGGUUAUUUGCCUUUUAUCACCUAAUUGGCAAAAAUGGAACUGGUAGGAAAGUCUAAGUUGUAAAUUUAAAAGCUGCAUUUGUAUGUACCUGUAAGUACCACAAGUUUGAGUGUACAAGAAUAUAUGAUAUGUGAGGUAACUCCUUUAAAUACUGAGGCCACCCUAAAUAAAGGGGGGAGAAUGAUCACCUAUACAGAAUGUGUGUUAAAAGAUGGAGGAGUUUGAAGGUAACAGACUUUGUGUAUGCAAGUUUCCUUUUUUUUUCAAGAGAUGGAUAUAAAUCAAGAUGAUAAAAGGUACUUUUGGACUUGGCUUGACUAGCUUUUAAUUCAAAAGCUUCAAAAAUAUAUGCACCUUGUGGGAAAAUCAGGCCCCAAUUGUUCAAAGGGUAGAAAAUGCUAUCCACAGGAUGAAUUUCUAUACAGUGGAUAGUGCAGUACAGUUUGUUGUCUCUAAUUUGCUAGAUAGCAAUUUAUCUGUUGGAUAGUGAUAUCCACUCUUUGAACAACUGGGUCUAGAACCUUUAGUUGUUAGUACCUGUAUUGGUAGCAAUCUUGAGCCCUGCUGUACUUCUCAAGCAAUACAUUUAUUUUUUUUAUUUUUACUCUCUCUGGUUCAUUGCUAGUCUAGAAAGCAGAAAAUGAGUCUUGGAGGUCAUUAGUCUUUUCUUGUUUGUUUUAUAAAGGUAACGGACAAAAUCUUGCACGGGAAACAAAAUGUUUACAUAGUCUUUGUGAUCUGUACAAGUAAGUUUCAGAGGUAUAUCCAUUUACAGCAAUCUGCCUUGAGUAUAGAAACUGAUCUGUGGAAACAUGGGCUUAACCCAAUAUUUCACGUUGUGAUUGGUGAAGCAGACUCACACCCUCUCUCAGCCAAUGAGAUUGAAUUUCAUAACUAAAAUGAAUUGCAAUUUUGUCAUAUGGGUUUUUAAAACUAAUUAUGUUAACUUUUCAUUCCUUCAUAUGCGUUAGAUUUUGGACAGUUCUGUCUGGACAUUUCCGUUCAAUUUUGGACAGUUCUGUCUAAUCUUGAAGAGUACCAUUCAAUUUCAUACAUUUCUGUCCAACAAGACCAAUUUUGGAUGCUUCAGUGGAUGUUUCCAGUUGGUUCCAGACAGUUGCAUCUGACUUUCUAUGCUUUUCUCUAACAGCAGUGAAUAUUCCUGUAAAAGCAAUAAGCAUUUGCUCACCAAUAGAAGAAUCAUAAUUUUGCAGAAUUUUCAAAAUUUAACCAAAGGUGCUGAAUCUCAGUAGCCUCUGAAGACCUAGAGAAGAAAUCAAGAAAGGAAAGAGAAACAAAUAAGACAAGAUGGCUUAUGCUUAGUAAUUUGAUUAACUCCAAACAUUAACAUACAUCUUACACAAAUAAAUCUAUCCUUGCUUUCAUAGGAGCUGUCUUCCAAUACAUCGCCUUUCAACCUCUACUGGUGAUGAAAGUGGUAAAAAGUGGUUUGAUAACCUUGACAAAAACUGUCUUCAGCUUUGGACUGCAGUGGUUGUUGCAUUGCAUUCCCUUCUGCAAAACCCACAAAAUGGUAAGUACUAAAAUGGAAUUAGGUUAGGGUAGGUAAAGAGGUUAAGUCUGUACUUGAGUCAAUUGGCACACCUAGAUGAAGCUUAUCCCGGUUUCUGUAGCAUGAAGCAGCUAGAAGUAUCACUACUCCCCCAGAAAGGAUGUUUGUCUAUUGCAGGUUACUCUGCAUUCUGUCAGCUUUCCCUUACAGUUCACUAGUACCCAUUUCUACUCCUGGGUAGAGAGAGGCAUGGUGAGAGUAAUGUCUUGCUCAAGGACAAAAGUCCAUAAGCUGCCUACAUAUCUAACCCUGAAUUCUUGACCCAGAGUUCAGCUGAUUAGGCCAGUGUGUCUCCACUUAUGUUUUGGUAGUGAUGUUAUUUUUUAAUGUAGUGUUGUUUUAAGUAAUGAUACUUUAGAUUGUUUUCUAUCUCUGAGGAAGAAAUUUUCCCUGUUAUACGAAUGUGGGUAUACUGACCAUUCUUCUAUUGCCAUUUUUCAGCUCAAAAUCAAAAACUUUGCUGUCGGCUGUUUCCAGCGAUAGUAAACCUAUUGCUUUUAGUAACUGAGCAGCAUGAAAUUCUGCAGCCAACCAUAAGCCUCUUAGCAGCAAUUGUCUCAGAGAAUGGUAAGAAUUAAUGAUUGAUAAUUUGUGGCCAUGAAGUUGCAGUGGCACUACUCCUCCCUUAUCUUUUUGUUUUGUCACUCUAAACACUCUUUUGGGGCUCCAAGCCAAACUGUUUUGAAGAUCUAUUUGGAAACCUAAAAUAAUUAAAUGGAGAAAGAUGUUCUUCGUCUUGUCACAAUUGUGGGACAGAGAAAAAAAAACUGAGUUCCCAAGGGGAAUCCGGAUUCCGCGCUCAGAUGCUUUACUACUGAGCCACAGAGACUCAAUGGUUGCCAAAAAGGGAAGAAUCUGCGCGUGACAUUUUGUGAAAUAUUGCAGGUAUCUUUCACUUUAAUUCCUGCGAUGGAAAAUUUACAGCUUGCUACAUAACUGCUGAACACAGAUUGCCAAAGUAGCAUCCUCAGCUGCAAAUUUAUUUUCUAAAUUUUUUUUUUAACCUGACGGCUGCAGUUUGGAGUGCGGCGCUUGCGGGAAGCAUUGCUUAACGUCCGAAACAAGAGCUGUGAAGAUGACUUUACUGAAACGUUACUUGUUUUCUUUUUUAAUAAUCUCAGACUUUUCUCUGCUUUUCAUCCAGCUGAAUGUCAAUCUAAGGUGCGACUACUUGGAGGCUUGCGUGCUCUGGUCAUUCGACUAAAACAGGUUGUGGACCUGAAAGAACAUGUUGAACAAGACAUAUUGUUUAUGUCGCGCGUCGUCAACACUUUAGGAUCUAUCAUAGCAGGACACGGUGAGCUAAUACUCUUUGGUUCUACAGUGCUGAUGAAUGCAACAGGAGUCUCUCAUGCACUACCGAAGUUCUAAUGUAAAGUUAACAAUAGACCCACGUCAUCCCAGACACCCAUACGCGUAAACGCCCCCAAGCACACACACGCAUAGGCACCCAGACACAAAGAUAAACAAAUACGCACAGCUUUACAUGUUCAUAUGAGAAAAAGCGGAUAUGUGCAACUGCUCUUGGUUUUUCGCAUAAGGGAUAAUAUUCAUUUGCGCUCCUACACUUAUGGUAUGCGAGCGCUCGAACAAACUUGCACGCAUGUUAAAAUGUGCACACGCUUACACGAUCUCAGCUUUACACACUUACAAAUCCAGACACCCACGUACGCCUUGUAAAGAGCUUACAUCAAAUGUGAUAAUUAGUAACGGCGAAAUAGUAAACGAUCAUCUUCGAAAACCCUAUGACCUGUUCCUGAUGCUAUGCUGUAGUUCAUUUUCAUCCAUCUCUAGCCUGUUUACAACCGUUUUAGUGAUCUGUCAGGAUAGUGCAGCAGACCUUGGUCUUGUGACUCUGCUGUUGAAGUGUUUCGCCGUCAUAAAUCAAGCUACUCGCGUUGAUGAUGCGGCUGCUAAGCAGUUCAAAACUAAGUGCAUACUAGCACUGUCCAUCUGCAUUGAUCAGAGUGGUAAGAAAUUAAGAAUUCAGUUACACAUUAUUGAAGCAUAUUUAGAUUGGGUGUGGUAUGUAAUCACAACAGUUUAUCGUAAUAAAGGAAAUAUCAAAAGGAGCUAGUAAGAACUCAACGUGAAAACAAGCAAACUACCUGAGAAGCGCCGGGGAAAAUGCCAAUCACAAAGGUGCGAUCGGUUUAUCAUUUAAAUCCGAUUGGUUAAAAAAGGGAAGCGAGUUUUUUUUAACCGAUCAUUGAGUGAAGUAAAGCAGAAGCAAUCACACAUAAUUUUCGACUCGCAAUUGAAAUUUUUACAUAAAUCAAAAAAAAAUUGAUAAAGCUGUGGACAUCCCCGUGGAGGCUCGUCUGGUUCACUGUUUCUAGGCCGUAUUGAGAUUUAAGUUAUCGCGUGUAAAUUUUAAUUGGGAAGGGAUGAGAACUAAGAAAUCCGAGAGAAAACCUUCGGAGUAAAGAGGAGAACUAAUAAAAAAAGUCAACUCACAUGUGGCAUGCGCUUCAUCUGCUGCAUCCCUGCUACUUAAACAUGCUCUUUACACAAGAAGUUUGAACACAGGAAACACAGGAAACAAGCAUUAGGACCCACUAUAUGUUUAGAUUAGAGUAAACGAAAAAUCACUGAAGGAAAGUGCUUGUAAUUGUUCAUCUACCUUCCAGAGCGGAAUCAACAGCUAUUGAGAGACGGAGGAGGUGUAGAGGCUUUGAUUGAGCUCCUGACCAAAGAACAGGUACCUGAGCAGCAACAAACAGCUUUGUCGAUAAAGGAUUUAAUUUACGGUGUUAAGGUUAGGCUGGAGAAUUACAGUCAUCUAUUAAGAAACUCUCGCUGACUGUUUAGACUGCCUUCAAGGUGCACUCGCUCCAUAUCUGUAAAAACCGGCGGAAGAGUUCUUCCUUGAUAGACAAAAGUUGCCCCGAAGUUUAGAAGUAUGUGAGCCAGUCAAGAGCCCAUGUUUAAAUUUCCUCUAGUUUCUUGAAUGCAAUACUUCAAACUUCUAUUUUCUCUUCCCUUCCCUCUCUUGAUACGUUUUUUUUAUUCACGAGGGACGCGCGUGAUCUGAUUGAUAAGCCAAAUGUUCAGAGACCAUGAACAUGACUUUGAGGUAGACUUGGAAAGACUCAUGGACACUCGUUUUCGGUGUUGAGACUUUUCGAAGGCUUUGUUGACAGCUUUUUUGUAUAUCUCAUUUAAGUAUUUGGUUCUCUUUUGAUACUGGACUCAAGUCUCUAUGGGAAAAGCUAUUUCUACAACUGCACCUUUUUCGUCUGAGUAAGAGCAAACAACCCGGGAAAUUGCCUGCGGACAAGAUAGGGUUCAAUGGGCUUAUCUCGCCCUACUGGAUAGCCAAUUCGAACAGUUCACUUGUCAUAAAUGAACGAAAAGGUUACAAUACACGAUAUUUUUAGGCCUCCAAAGUUGUAUAGAGGACCCUGAAAAGAAUCAUCCGCCACUAUCUCUUACAAGUUGUUUGUUUUAUUGUUAUUAUUAUUAUUAUUUCUAGUCUGAAGAAUUUAGAAGGGUUGCGAUUUUCAUUCUUCAUUGUAUCACUGGAAAAUCAAAAGGUAUCUCUGCGAAUUUCCAUCUUGAAGUGUUAACACAGCCAGUAUUUGACAUACAAAACUUUUGAUUUUAGGGUAACAAGUUAAAAGCCUUCUACAAUAGGAUGACGAUGCUUUGAUGAAUUGGUGAUUCUAUUCUUUGAAUUAAGAAAGAUCAGAUGUAAAAUUUGACAAAGCUUGUGUUUGUUCAUCGUGGUUAGGCACACAGUAGUGUUAUCGCGUGUCUCCGCACGAUGUAGUCCCUUUCAAUGUGCGAGGGAGUACUAGAAAUUUAGCAGUGACGGCAGAUCUUUCUUGACUCAUACACUGUCUUUAAAGAUUUAAUCCGGUUCAAGACUUGUGAAUUACUUCUGGAUUGCAUAUAGUAACAUAAUACGCAGAUUUUGUGAAGUGCUUUGUUUUCUUUUUUUGUUUCGGUCUGGCCCAGCAAGUUAUUGAGUAUGGUUAAAUUCUCUAAUUUUUUAAUGGCAGGUGAACAAAAGUCACCUUCUCGUGUGGAAACGAAAGAAGUAGGAGAGCAGUGCUCUUUUGAAAGUACUUUAGAAAACCACUUUACCCAGGUAAAUUUUGACUUGAAAACGUUAAUUGGCCACCGUAAUGAGUUAAAAGGCUGACGUUUCGAGCGUUAGCCCUUCGUGAGAGCGAUUGACGAAGGGCUAACGCUCGAAACGUCAGCCAUUAAACUCUUUAUUGUGGCCAAUUUACGUUUUCAACUCAUUUGAUAACACUGAAUUACUCUGUUAUACACUCCCACCGACGCAGCACCACAGUUCUUUAGCAACUUAGCCCCUUUAUCAAAUUUUGACUUGCCCUGUCUAUUAUCUUAAGGGGACUGAGUAGCUGGAAAGAAGAAGCAGAUCGACGGGCCAAGUCUCGCUAAAUUUUAAGAAAAACUUCUUCGUGUUAUAGGUUGUAGUGAGCCCUACAAAGGAUGCUCAAACGCAAACCUCUUCCCGUACUACAGCUGGACAAUACGAUACCGACAUUGGAGAUGAUAGACCCUCUGAUGAAGUGUCACAAGAAAAUUUUCGAAGACAUAGGACGAGUACACCUAGAAAGAGACGUUCUGUGAUAUCCACCAAGGUGUUGAAACCUUUCGCAAGGUCAAAAACUACUCAGUGGAGAAUGAAACACCCAGAGAUGGCAAUGAAAACUAAACCAGAUCAGACUUUUGUUACUCCGGGAACAUCCAGCCCAAGUAGACAUUUGGAAAAGUGUGAAGCGUGUGAAACUGUCCUGAACAGCAAGAACUUUUUGAAAACAUUAAGACGGUGUUCCAAUCGUUGCUCGUAUCACCGCGGAUUAGAUCGUUGUUUGCGACGGAUAAUCAGUGACUUACAAAAGCAAAAGUAG